AUGGCCCUACGCAUUUUUUCAUUUUCUUUCCUUUUUUCUUUCCUUUUUGUCUUUUUCCCCCCUUUUCUUCCGCCCUUUUCUUCCCGCCCUUUUCUUUCCCCCCUUUCCUUUCCGCCCUUUUAUUUCCUUUUUUUUCUCCUUUCUUUUUUUCUUUUCUCCUUUCCAAGAGGUGAAAAUUUUGUCUUCCACUCUCUCUUCCCCUCUUCUCUCCCUCUAUUCUGUAUAUUCACUUUAUUCUCUCUCUUUUUCAUUUUCUUUUAUCUCUCUCUCUCUCUUUUCUCUUUUUUUGUUUUUUUCUUUUUUUUUUUGUUUUUUUCUCUCUCUUUCUUUUUUUUCUUUCUUUUUUCUCUCUCUCUCUUUUCUUUUUUUUUUUCUUUUUUCUCUUUUUGCUUUUCUCUCUCUCUCUCUCUCUAUUUUCUUUUUCUUUGUUUUUUUUCUCUCUUUUUUUCUCUUUCUCUCUUUUCUUUUUCUCUUUUCUAUUUUCUCUCUCUCUCUCUCUAUUUUCUUUUUUUCUCUCUCUCUCUCUUUUUUUUUUCUCUCUUUUAUUUUCUUUGUUUUUUUCUCUCUCUUUUUGUAUUUUCUUUGUUUUUCUCUCUCUCUCUCUUGUUUUUUUUUUUUCUUUUCUUUUUUCUCUCUCUCUCUCUCUCUCUCUUGUAUUUUCUUUGUUUUUUUCUCUCUCUCUCUUUUGUUUUUUUUUUUUUUCUCUCUCUCUCUUGUAUUUUCUUUUGUUUUUUUCUCUCUCUCUUGUAUCUUUGUUUUUUUUUCUCUUUCUUUUUUUCUUUGUUUUUUUUCUCUCUCUCUCUCUUGUAUUUUUUUUUUUUUUUCUCUCUCUCUCUCUUGUAUUUUCUUUGUUUUUUUCUCUCUCUCUCUCUUUUUUCUUUGUUUUUUCUCUCUCUCUUGUUUUUUUUUUUCUCUCUCUCUCUCUCUCUCUUGUAUUUUCUUUGUUUUUUUACUCUCUCUCUCUCUUGUAUUUUCUUUGUUUUUUUUACUCUCUCUCUCUUUGUAUUUUCUUUGUUUUUUCUCUCUCUCUCUCUUUGUAUUUUUCUUUGUUUUUUUACUCUCUCUCUUGUCUUUUUUUGUUUUUUUUUCUCUCUCUCUUGUAUUUUCUUUUUUUUUCUCUCUCUCUCUUUUUUUUGUUUUUAUCUCUCUCUCUCUCUCUUGUAUUUUCUUUGUUUUUUUACUCUCUCUCUCUUGUAUUUUUCUUUGUUUUCUCUCUCUCUCUCUUGUAUUUCUUUUGUUUUCUCUCUCUCUCUCUUUAUUUUUUCUUUGUUUUUUUCUCUCUCUCUCUUGUAUUUUCUUUUUUUUCUCUCUCUCUCUCUCUUAUUUCUCUUUGUUUUUUUUUCUCUCUCUCUCUCUUUUAUUUUCUUUGUUUUUCUCUCUCUCUCUCUUGUUUUUCUUUUUUUUUCUCUCUCUCUCUCUUGUAUUUUUCUUUGUUUUUUCUCUCUCUCUCUUCUUCUCUUCUCUCUUGUUUUUUUCUCUCUCUCUCUUGUAUUUUUCUUUGUUUUUCUCUCUCUCUCUUUUUUUUUUGUUUUUUUCUCUCUCUUCUUUUUUUUCUCUCUCUCUCUCUCUCUCUUGUAUUUUCUUUUUUUUUACUCUCUCUCUUGUUUUUUCUUUGUUUUUUCUCUCUCUCUCUUGUAUUUUCUUUUGUUUUUUUUUCUCUCUCUCUCUCUUAUUUCUUUCUUUUUUCUCUCUCUCUCUUGUAUUUUCUUUGUUUUUUUUCUCUCUCUCUCUUGUUUUCUUUUUUUUUCUCUCUCUCUCUCUCUUGUAUUUUCUUUUGUUUUUUUCUCUCUCUCUUGUCUCUCCCUUUUUUUUUCUCUCUCUCUUUUUUCUCUCUCUCUCUCUCUCUUGUAUUUUCUUUGUUUUUUUCUCUCUCUCUCUUGUAUUUUCUUUGUUUUUUUCUCUCUCUCUCUCUCUUGUAUUUUCUUUGUUUUUUUUUCUCUCUCUCUCUCUUGUAUUUUCUUUGUUUUUCUCUCUCUCUCUCUUUGUAUUUUCUUUGUUUUUUCUCUCUCUCUCUUGUAUUUUCUUUGUUUUUUUCUCUCUCUCUCUCUUGUAUUUUUUUUUUUUCUCUCUCUCUUGUAUUUUCUUUGUUUUUCUCUCUCUCUCUUCUCUUUUUCUCUCUCUCUCUUCUUUGUUUUCCUUUUUUUUGACUCUCUCUCUUGUUUUUUCUUUUUUUUUUUUCUCUCUCUCUUGUAUUUUCUUUUUUUUUCUCUCUCUCUCUCUCUGAUUUUCUUUGUUUUUUUUACUCUCUCUCUCUCUCUUUUUUUUUUUUUUUUCUCUCUCUCUCUUGUAUUUUCUUUGUUUUUUUCUCUUUUCUCUCUUUUCUUUCUCUUGUAUUUUUUUCUCUCUCUCUCUCUUUUUUCUUUUGUUUUUUUCUCUCUCUCUCUCUUUUUUCUUUUUUUUCUCUCUCUCUCUAUUGUAUUUUCUUUGUUUUUUCUCUCUCUCUCUCUUUCCCUUUCUCUAUCUCUCUUUGUUUUUUUUCUCUCUCUCUCUUUUAUUUUCUUUGUUUUUUUCUCUCUCUCUCUUUGUAUUUUCUUUUUUUUUUCUCUCUCUCUCUUUGUUUUUUUCUUUUUUCUCUCUCUCUCUUCUUUUUUCUUUGUUUUUUUACUCUCUCUCUUGUAUUUUCUUUGUUUUUUCUCUCUCUCUCUCUUGUUUUCCCUUUUUUCUCUUUUCUCUUGUAUUUUCCCUUUUCUCUCUCUCUUGUAUUUUUCUCUCUUGUUUUUUCUUUCUUUACUCUCUCUCUCUCUGUAUUUUUCUUUUUUUUUCUCUCUCUCUUCUUGUAUUUUCUUUGUUUUUACUCUCUCUCUCUUAUUUUCUUUGUUUUUCUCUCUCUCUCUCUCUCUUGUUUUUCCUUUUUCUCUCUCUCUCUCUCUCUUAUUUUUCUUUUUUUUCUCUCUCUCUCUCUUGUAUUUUCUUUGUUUUUUUACUCUCUCUCUCUUGUAUUUUCUUUGUUUUUUUCUCUCUCUCUCUCUCUUGUAUUUUCUUUUUUUUUUACUCUCUCUCUCUUGUAUUUAUUUUGUUUGUUUUCUCUCUCUUCUUUUUCCCUUUUCUUUGUCUCUCUCUCUCUCUUGUAUUUUCUUUUUUUUUCUCUCUCUCUCUAUUUUCUUUGUUUUUUUCUUCUCUCUCUCUGUUUUUCCUUUUUUUUUUCUCUCUCUCUCUCUUGUAUUUUCUCUUUUUUUUUACUCUCUCUCUCUCUUUUUUUUCCUUUUUUUUCUCUCUCUCUUGUAUUUUCUUUGUUUUUUUACUCUCUCUCUCUCUUGUAUUUUCUUUUGUUUUUUUCUCUCUCUUUCUGUUUUUUUGUCUCUCUCUCUCUCUCUUAUUUUCUUUGUUUUUUGUCUCUCUCUCUCUUCUCUUUUUGUUUUUUUCUCUCUCUCUCUCUUGUAUUUUCUUUGUUUUUUCUCUCUCUCUCUCUCUCUUGUAUUUUCUUUGUUUUUUUUACUCUCUCUCUCUCUCUUGUAUUUUCUUUGUUUUUUUUACUCUCUCUCUCUCUUUGUUUUUUUUUUUGUUUUUCUCUCUCUCUUUGUCUCUUUAUUUCUUUCUCUUUCUCUCUCUUCUUUGUUUUUCUUUUCUUUUUUCUCUUUCUUUGUCUCUCUCUCUUGUAUUUCUUUGUUUUUAUUCUCUCUCUCUUUCUCUCUUUUCUCUCUCUCUCUUUUCUUUGUUUUUUUUCUCUCUCUCUCUCUCUUGUAUUUUCUUUGUUUUUUUUCUCUCUCUCUCUCUUGUAUUUUCUUUGUUUUUUCUCUCUCUCUCUCUCUUGUAUUUUCUUUGUUUUUUCUCUCUCUCUCUCUUGUAUUUUCUUUGUUUUUUUCUCUCUCUCUUUAUUUUCUUUGUUUUUUAACUCUCUCUCUCUUGUAUUUCUUUUUUUUUCUUCUCUCUUGUUCUCUUUUUUUCUUUGUUUUUUCUCUCUCUCUCUUGUCUCUCUCUUUGUAUUUUUUUUUUUUUACUCUCUCUCUCUCUCUUGUAUUUUUUCUCUCUCUUUUUUAUUUUGUUUUUUUACUCUCUCUCUCUCUUUUUCUUUCUUUGUUUUUCUCUCUCUCUCUCUCUUUUUUCUUUUUUUUUCUCUCUCUCUUCUUAUUUUCUUUGUUUUUUCUCUCUCUCUCUCUUUUUUCUUUGUUUUUUAAUCUCUCUCUCUUUUCUUCUUUUCUUUUCUCUUGUAUUUUUCUUUCUUUUUUUACUCUCUCUGUAUUUUUCUUUGUUUUUUUCUCUCUCUCUUCCCUUUGUUUUCUUUGUUUUUUCUCUCUCUCUCUCUUGUAUUUUCUUUUUUUUUACUCUCUCUCUCUGUUUCUUUGUUUUUUUCUCUCUCUUCUUCUCUUUUUUUUUUUGUCUCUCUCUCUCUCUUUGUAUUUUCUUUGUUUUUUUUUCUCUCUCUCUUGUAUUUUUCUUUUUUUUUCUCUCUCUCUCUCUUGUUUUUCUUUUUUUUUCUCUCUCUCUCUUGUAUUUUCUUUGUUUUUUUCUCUCUCUCUCUCUCUUUCUUUCUUUUUUUUGUUUUUCUCUCUCUCUCUUUGUUCUUUUGUUUUUUCUCUCUCUCUCUUGUCUUUUCUUUGUUUUUUCUCUCUCUCUCUCUCUUUGUAUUUUCUUUGUCUUUUUUCUCUCUUCUCUCUUUAUUUUUCUUUGUUUUUUUCUCUCUCUUUCUUAUUUUCUUUGUUUUUUUCUCUCUCUCUCUCUCUUGUUUUUCUUUGUUUUUUUCUCUCUCUCUCUCUCUCUUUUCUUUGUUUUUUUCUCUCUCUCUUUUUUUUUUUUUCUCUCUCUCUCUCUCUUGUAUUUUCUCUGUGUCUCUCUCUCUUGUAUUUUCUUUGUUUUUUUAACUCUCUCUCUGGACCCAUUUUCUUUGUUUUUUCUCUCUCUCUCUCUCUUGUAUUUUUUUGUUUUUUCUCUCUCUCUCUCUCAGCCAUGUAUUUUUUUAAAUUUUCUCUCUCUCUCUCUUUCUCUUUGUUUUUCUCUCUCUCUCUCUCUCUCUCUUUUUUUCUUUGUUUUUUUCUCUCUCUCUCUCUUUAUUUUCUUUGUUUUUUCUCUCUCUCUCUCUCUUGUAUUUUCUUUGUUUUUUCUCUCUCUCUUUGUUUUUUUUGUUUUUUCUCUCUCUCUCUCUCUCUCUCUUGUAUUUUCUUUGUUUUUUUCUCUCUCUCUUGUCUUUGUUUUUUUCUCUUUCUUAUUUUCUUUGUUUUUCUCUCUCUCUCUUGUAUUUUCUUUUCAGAGAGAAUCUCUCUCUCUCUAACUUUAUUUUCUUUGUUUUUUCUCUCUUUUUUUCUUUGUUUUUUCUCUCUCUUUUUUUUUUUUUCUCUCUGUUUUUUUUAUUUUUUGUUUUUUCUCUUUCUCUCUCUCUAUAGAGAUUUUUUUUGUUUUUUCAUCUCUCUCUCUUGUAUUUUCUUUGUUUUUUCUCUCUCUCUUUCUCUCUCUCUUUUCAUUUUUCUUUGUUUUUUUUCUCUCUCUCUCUCUCUCUCUCUCUCUUGCUUUUCUUUGUUUUUUUUUCUCUCUCUCUCUCUUUUUUUUUGUUUUUUUCUCUCUCUCUCUCUCUUGUAUUUUCUUUGUUUUUUUUCUCUCUCUCUCUUGUGA